AUGAAUGUCACAGCAGGCCCAGCUGCCUGGGCUGGAACGACUCCGCUUCCGGUGCGGACGAUUUUAAGGACAGUCCAACAUCCUCGACAACGAAACAACUUUACUCGCAAAGCUCAAACAAGGAGGCUCUAUGUAUCCGCCGCCUCGAGUCGACCGUUAUCACAGCGAAUAUCUUCGAUAUGUCCCCGAGGACCCUCAAACCAAGUCCGACCUUUCUCCGCGACUUCGAAUUUGCAAGCGAUGAAAGACCCUUAUGCAACUCUGGGGGUUGGAAAGAGUGCCAGCGCAUCUGAAAUCAAGAAAGCAUAUUACGCUCUAGCAAAGAAAUAUCACCCAGAUACGAACAAAGAUCCUAGCGCAAAGGAGAAAUUCACAGAUGCGCAGUCAGCAUAUGAGUUGCUCAACGAUCCUCAAAAGAAGGCCACGUACGAUCAAUAUGGUGCAGCGGCUUUUGACCAAGGUGCAGGCUUUCAUCCAGGCGCUGGGGGUCAGCAUCCGUUUUCCGGAGCCGCUGGAGCAAACCCUUUUUCAGGAUUUGGUGGAGGCUUUGGGGCAGAGUUCAACUUUGAGGAUCUUUUUGGCGCAUUCACUGGCGGCCGCCGCGGCGGGCGGAGGAGUGGUGGGCCUUUCCAAGAAGAGAUUCUAGUUGGGGAGAAUAUCGAAGUCCAGACGAACAUAUCUUUCAUGGAUGCUGCAAAAGGUGUCUCCAAAAACAUCACCAUCACGCCUCUUGUACAGUGCGGCACAUGCAAAGGUGACGGUUUGAAACCGGGCUCUUCAAGACAGCAAUGCAAACGCUGCAAUGGGACGGGUACAAGGGUCCAUGUCAUGCAGGCCGGAUUUCAGAUGGCUUCCUCUUGUGACGCCUGCAGUGGGACCGGAGUGGUUAUACCGAAAGGCUCCGAAUGUAAUACAUGCGCUGGCAAUGGAGUGGUUCGCAAGAGGGAAACCGUCGAGGUCGAUAUCCCAGGCGGAGUAGAGGAUGGAAUGCGUCUACGAGUGGCCGGUGCUGGUGACUAUCCUCCUACGGGAAUGUCAGCAAAUCCGCAAGCUCGAACUCAGCGCGGGGAUCUGUACGUCUUCAUUCGGGUAGCGCCAGAUGCCAGAUUCAGCCGCAACGGAGCAGACAUCCUCCAUACUGCCUCGAUACCAUUGACAACAGCACUGCUUGGGGGAGAGGUGGUGGUACCGACACUCGAUGGAGAGGUCAAAGUGAGGGUAGCGACGGGGACAUCGACAAACGACAGAAUCACACUGCCCGGAAUGGGUAUGAAGAGGCUUGGUGGACGCGGUGCCGGUUCUUCUGGCGACCUCAGGGUGGAGUUCAAAGUUCAGAUGCCCAAAUAUCUGUCGGCUAACCAGCGGACAAUCAUCGAGAUGCUGGCUGAUGAAAUGGGCGACAAGACGGCGAAGAGAAUCAUGAACUUGGACAAGUACAAGCAGGAGCCUGCCAAAGACAACAAAGCAUCGAAACCUUCCAACAAGGCCGCUGAUCACAAGAACGAAGGAUUCCUGAAGUCCACCUGGCACCGGCUUAUCCACCAGCAUGAUAAUCUGGAACCGGACAAGCAAGGAAAAGAGAAAGAGAAAGACGCAGAACCGCACGACGAGGAUGAGCCCAAGAAGGCAUCUGGGUCAGGUUGA